AUGGCAACUCAAACCGGCCUUGAUUACAUGCGCUCGCGCACAAUGGUGGACUGUGACACCUUGGAUGAGGAAGUUGCCAGAACUCUGGGUCCUUUCCAGGAUUGCACAUCUAACCAGGCCAUUGCAUUUGGCGAGCUCUCCAACCCUGCACGGACUGAGGUCGUCGUAGCAUCCAAGGCCGAUGCGAAGGUCUUGCAUUCCAAAUACUCUUCUAUUAGCGUUGAAGAGUUGGCUGUGGAGAUUGCGAUGGUGCGCCUUGCUGUUGGAAUGGCGAAACAUAUUCGUGGGCUCGUUCAUGUACAGACUAACCCUUACUAUUCGUACUCAUCAGAGAAGACUGUUGUGAACGCUCUCCGAAUCGUGCAGCUGUUCCAGCAUGUCCAACCCGGCUUCGAUGUAGCCCGCAUUGCCAUCAAGAUCCCAAGUACUUGGGACGGCAUGAUGGCGUGUCGAACGCUUGAGCUGGCCGGAGUUCGUACCCUUGCCACCACUCUCUUUAGCAUGCCGCAGGCAGUGCUUGCUGCCGAAGUGGGCUGUACAUACGUGGCCCCGUAUGUGAACGAGCUCAAGGUCCAGGUAAAUUCAGGAAUCGUGGACGAUCAGAAGUUGCUACGUCUUUGUGUCGCCAUCCAGCAAUACUACAAAUCUGUCCCAGCUCCGACCAAAGUUCUGCCGGCGAGCUUGACAUCUACUGAGGAGAUCUUUAUGCUUGCCGGGGUGGACCAUCUCACGAUUGCACCCCAUCUGCUGGCUCAACUGACACAGCCUAUGUCCACUGAUGUCACGUCCUUGUUUGAUUCCGCGGCACUCGAGCCCGUUCCUCCGGCAGGCACCUCGUAUGUGCACGACCACGGCCAAUACCAGAUUACAUUUGCUCGUGAUAGAGGUGGAGCUAGCCAAAGAAAACUGACUGAGGCUGUGAACAUUUUCUGUGACUUCCAGGACAAGCUGGAGAGCAUGAUGAAGGCUGUCGCUUAA